AUGUUAGACCACAAGGUGUCGGUUACGAAGACUGAUGAUCAACAUGUGCCCCCCCCGGGGCAGACAUACUCUCUGUCUGAACGACCUUCCACCUUGGAUGUCCCCGCUUUGCCUUUGUCUUCUACGCUAACCUUACUCCCCUCUCCAUCCAUGCCGCCACCUUCGCAGACAUAUAAUAAUUUCGUCACCAAUGCGACGGCCGACGCUAUUUUUACUGAUUCCACAGCCACUAUACGCUUAUUCAUUGUCGACGUUGGGGCUGAAAAGGGCGGGAUUGAUACGGAACAAUCGCUCUUUCGCCCACAGUUCAUCAAUGCAGCACCCGGUGACAUGGUCCUGUUUCGGUUUUAUGGGGCGUACGCACUUUACAGCUCUGACUUCCAAGAUCCCUGCCAUGCACCACGCCUAAGCCAAAAUGCCGUUCCAACAAGAGAUAAGAUUCCAUCCCACCAGGUUUCGGUCCAGUCUACAAAGCCACUUUGGUUCUCGGCCAGCUUAAUCGACAAGCCACAUUUGUGUAAUAAUGAGACUGUUUUUGCGGUUAAUCCGGGCAAUCAGAAGGAAGACUUCUUGGCCAAUGCGUCCAUGAUCUGA